CGUUCGCGCUGGGCUGCUUGGCCCAGUGAGGUGUGUUCCCAGCUGCAGAACGGACUUCCUCAACAGACUUACAGUGCGACUGGACUGGUCUCCGCCCACCGAAAGGGCUCCUGACUAGAACCUUUCUACUCUGACUUGUUCCCGGGCGCCACAUUCGCCCUCCCCUUCAUCAGCCCCGUAGGCUAGGCCUCUUCAGUCCUGCUCCCUUAGCAGUCUGUAGCCGAGAACACCGGGAAGAGAGGCCUUGAGUGUCUCCCGCCCCGAAAUCCGACGGAGGUGGAGUUUAGGGGCCGGCUGACCUGGUGGGCGCUGCAACCCUGGUGGGGGAAGGGACCGUCCCUGAGGCCUGCCUGAGACAAAGACCCUGGGGUCUUUGUUUGAAGCUCCUUACUCUCCCCUCCCCCAAUGGACCCAGUGCCCUCCCGAGCAGCCCUUCUCUCCCUGAAGUGGGCCCCUGCUCUAACGUCUUCCCUGUGUCUCGGUGGGCUAAAUGAAGCCGGUCCAGCCCCUUGUGGUCUAUCCCAAUCACAGAGAGCAGUGGGAGCUGGUUCCCAUGCCCUUGUGGCUGUGGACGAGACAAGGGAGAAAGAACCUCUCCUGGGCCUCACGUGUUCUGAAGGAGAAGCAAUGUCCCCCAGGGUUCCCUAGUGGAACCUCCAUCGGAGAGAGCCCAGAGGUGCAGAAAUCCAUGGCAACAGUACAGAACACUUCCCUUCCUAGACCUUCUGUGGGUUUAGGCCUCAGCUCCUGACCAACAUCGAGCAUGGCCCCUAAGUCUUGCCAGGAGUCUGAAGAUGAGCAGGUGUCCCCAGCUCCAGCAGGUGUAAAGCCAGACAGCAGUGACUUAGAGUCCCCAGGUGGCACGCCUCUGGACACAGUAGAUCCUUCGUGUUCCCAGAGCAGUAAGCCCUGCUGUGCACCCACACCAGUGGGCUGCUCUGUCAAGCAGCAGUUGUCCCCUGAAACUCUGGACCCACGUACCCUGAAGCUCUUAUGGGAACAGAGAGAACUAGAGAUCCAGGCACUUCGGUGGGCUGUCCAGAAUGGCCAGAAUGCCCGAUACUACCGCAUCCUGCAAGAGGUUGCAGGGAUUCCCCCUGAGCGGAACUCCAAAAGUCAAGACAAAUUCCUGCAGAACCAGGUCCAGAAGCUUACUCUGGAGCUGAAAGCACAGAAGGAACAAGCUCAACUGGAGAAAGAAUGCUUGGAGGAGAAACUGCGGCAGAACCUCUGUUCGAUACAGAAGCUGGAGGCCGAGCUGCAGACCUUCCAGAAAUCAUGCCUUCUACAGCUGGCCCGUUCCUCUUGGGUGGGACGCAUGCUUCGGUCUCAGACUGGCAGUGUGGAGAUGGUCACUGCAGAGGUUCUAAGGGACCCUACUGACUCUUCUGAGUAUGCUGAUGUUCCCAAUACUGGGGAGGGUUUCCGGUUGGAGGAUGUAGACUGGAACAGCAUUGCCCACCGAUAUCCCAACCUCUUCUCCAGCAUGAGUUUUCACUCAGAUCAAAAGAUGGCCCAGCCCCACCAGUCUUCCGAAAUGGAUACCCGGGACACGGAGUACAUCCUCAAGCAUGUGGAGAAGCCUAGUAAAAAUCUGGAGUGGAGCGCCUUGCCUUUGGUAGACAACAGCAGCUCAGAGGGUGCAGACUCUGACUCCAGCAGCUGCCAGAUAGUUCAGCAUUCUGGAGCAAAGAAGGUGACAGGCCACCCACCCCAGGGAACAGACUUAACUUCUGAGCAGGUGCAGGAAUGCACUAGGAGCUCCAGCGGACACAUGGAAGAUCUCCAUAAAAGCCGCUCACCCUCGAUUAGCAAGACUGUUCUGGAGCCCUUUGCAGACCUUCAGCAUCAAUAUGCAAGGCCCCAGUUGAACCCACUUGGCUGCUGCUUGAAGAUCGCUGCGGUUAGCCACCGAGAGAAGUUUAUCCGUAUCCUCAACCAGUCUCAGGCAGAGACUGUGGACCUGGGCGGCUUUGUUCUGCAGCAGCUUGUGAGGGACUUCCCUGUGUGCAUGUACCGCUUCCCACCUGGUACUCUGCUAGCACCACAGCACCAUAUCACCGUAUGGGGUGAAGGAAUCAGCAGGACCAAGAAGCAGCUGCCAGUGUCCUCGGGCCAGGACACCUUCCACUUCCAGUCCAGCCGAGGUUGUGUGACAGUGCUAGUCAACCCCCAUGGCCAGGUCCUCAGUGAGCAUCAAGCUGCACCCUGUGUGAGCCUGGGCUCGAAAAUCUUCACUGAUAACACUGACUGGUCCAUUGACCGCUUCCCACUCUCAGAGUCCAAGCCCAAUGCUGACUGUGGUGAAGAGCGGCAUCGUCCUUCAUCCCCACACAAGGCCAGGGUGCAGGCUGCUAGGGCCAGGCGCAAGAAGCCAGGGUCAGGUGUUCACCAGCAAGGCACUAGCAGACUGAGGAAUUCAGGAUCUCUUCACCACACUGAGACCCGGAAUAUCUUGCCACUUCUGAGCAACCACAAACUUCUUCAUCCUGUGGAAGUUCCUGCACAGCAGGAAGGCGUGAAGACUGAGACAUCGGAGCUCCUGCCUGCAAUCCCAGAAUGUGCCUCGAGAGUGUGUCUCGAGGACACCCAGGGCAGGCAGGAGCGCAAGGUCCAGGUGUGCCGGAAAAGUGUGGACCUGAGUUGCCCCAUGGUGGCCCUGUCAGUACAGAGCACAGCCGAGAGCAGAUAUGGCUUCCGCUUCCUCUGCUACCCUCCCAUCACUGAGGAAUUGUGCCGGCGGUUGUAAGGCAGCCAGGUCAGGCAGGCAGUGCCAGCUGCAUAAUUUAUUGAACCAACCGUUGCUUACAAAGUAAAGCACAUUUCUGCA